AUGAACGCGCAGAAGGACUUCGAUGUAGCCAUCGUAGGCGGCGGGAUCACCGGGCUCAUACUUGCUAUCGCACUCGCCCGCGUAGGUCUGAAAGUGGAUGUCUUUGAGGCAGCCUCGAAGUACGGCGAGAUUGGGGCAGGCGUAGGCAUCGGACCAAACGCACUGCGCGUUCUUGAGACAAUGGGCAUCCUUGACGAAGUUCUUGCGCACUGCAAUGAUCGAGGACGGCCCAUGCCCAUCUUUAAGUUUGUGCGCGCGGCGGAUCCGCAUGAUGAGAUAUACAAGUACGAGAGUCCGGGUAUGGAGCACCAGGGACUUGGACUACACCGUGCAGCCUUCCUCAAGGCGCUCGUAGGAUUGAUACCCGCCGGUGUGCGCUCUCACUUCUCAAAGCGCUGUGUCAGCAUAAGUGCCUCGCCCGCGGGAACCGGGCGCGUCCAUCUACGAUUUGCCGACGGAAGCGUUCAUGAGACAGAUGUAGUCGUUGGUGCUGAUGGUAUCAAGAGUACUGUUCGUAUGCAGGUAUUUGGCGCGAAGGGUGACCGACUAGUCGAUACGGGCUCCCGCAUCUACCGCGAUCUGGUUCCCAUGCAACGCUUGCUCGAUGCGGGCCUCAAAGAGGACGCCAUACGACCAUCGCCGCGCUGCUGGUUGGGGCAGGACAAGCACCUCGUCACGUUUCCGAUCAUGCAUAACACUGUUCUCAACGUCGGAGCUGUCGCGGAAGACUACGCGCAUAAGAUGGUACCUGCGGGCCCGCAAGAUUCUUGGACAUCAUGGGUAGAGCCAGCGUCACCACAAGAGCUGAUGGAGACGUUCAAUGUCUUUGGCACUGAUGCGCGAGCGAUACUUGGGUGUAUGAACAGUCCAAAUAAGUGGAAGGUCCAUGGACUGUACCCGCCACUCGAAACAUUCGUAGCUGCCGCUCCAGUCCAGGGCAAGAGUGGCGAUAGCGGAGAAGGGUCAGACGUCCUGAAUGUGGCCCUCAUCGGCGACGCAGCUCAUGCGAUGUUGCCGUACCUCGGCGCAGGCGCAGGUACAGGCAUCGAGGAUGCAUAUGUGCUUGCGAGCCUGCUCACGCACCCACGAACGCAGCGCGCGAAUCUAUCUGACGUUCUGCGCGCAUACGAUACCGUCCGCGUUCCUCGCGCGGCAAGUUCGGCAUCGCACAUAAAUCGAAUAUAUCGCCAGCGGGAGGUCGUAUUCGAACGCGGAAAGCGGCCACUGGCUAUGACGGUGACCUCUAGGCUCGGCAAGCGACAGCACGAAGAGGAGCCUGCAAUCAACGAACCCGGCUUCUGUAUCUCCUGCGAUGGUUGUGGCGCAAACUUGACGCAUUCUAUUCGGUUGAAGUGCGCGGACCCUGUAUGUACUCCUGGGGACGGCAUCGACCUUUGUCCACGAUGUUUCUGCGAGGGCAAGGAGUUCAACCAGCAUAAGCGCCAUCAUCCAUACCGAGUUGUGGAAUUGCAUGCCUACCCAAUCUUCUCGGAAGACUGGGGAGCCGACGAGGAGCUGUUGCUCGUCGACGGCAUCUCACAGAAUGGCUUGGGCAACUGGGAGGCCAUCGCCGAGCAUAUUGGUACUCGGACCAAGGAAGAGGUUGAGGAGCACUACAAAGCCGUUUACCUCAAGUCUCCUCACUGGCCAUUACCUAUCACCGACAGACACUUCGACAUCGAGCCUUCGGAAUUCCAAGAGCGCAAACGACGGCGCAUCUCUUCGAUGCCGACGGCCCCUCCAGCGCCAAAGGUCGCACCCACAUCAGCGCCGGGCAUACACGAGAUCGCGACGUACUUGCCCGGCCGCCUCGAGUUCGAACACGAGCCGGACAAUGACGCCGAGGAGCUCAUCAAGGACUUGAUGUUCGGUCUUGUCAUGCAGUGGGGCGGCGAUCAACUUCAAGAGGAUGAGAAGGACAAGGACGUGAUUAAACGUACCAAAUGGGUAGAGGAGCGCAAGGCUGCGCUAGAGAAGCAGCUUCAGCAGCAGCAACAGCCUCAACUUCCUAUAUCAUUCGACUUUAACGGUACCACGAACGGCGCAAUGCCCAAUGGCUUCCAUCUUCCCAACGGCAGCGCUGAUCGGAAGAACGGUUUCGACAAGCGCGGCACUACUGAUCGGAAGGACAAGCGCGACAAGAAGAAGGAAGAUGAGGACGAAGGCGAAGAAGACGACGAGGAUAACGAGGAUAACCUUCCACCUAUACCCCUAGAGACGGACGAGUCUAUCCGCUUCAAGCUCACUGUCAUCGACAUGUACCUCCAGCGCGUCGAGCGACGCGAACAGGGCAAGCAGCUCAUAUUCCAGCGCGGCCUACUGGAGUACAAGAAGAUGCAGGCCGCGGAGAAGAAGCGCCCAAAGGAGGAGAAGGAGAUCAUACAUCGCCUUCGUCCCUUUGCGAAGCUUCAGACGGCGGAAGACUACGAGCAGUUCUGCGCAGAUACCCUAUAUGAGUCGCUGCUUAGAAAGCGCAUCGCAGAACUGCAAGCCUUCCGACGAAAUGGCCUGACAACACCGGCUGAUCUCCACUCAUUCGAGCUCGACGGAUUCAGGCGCAGUGGGGCCAAGGCAAACAUGGCGCGCGAACUACACGCACGGGCACCUUCCGGGCGGUCUUCGCUCCAGCCCGAUUCUCGUCGGGCGAACCACGACGACUCGACCGAGCGCGAUGGGACGCCCAAACCCGGCGGAGGCCUCCGCAAACCGCCUGCACCGCUCAAUCUCGCCAACAGCCCUCUCUUGCACCUCCUCACACCGGCAGAACAAACGCUGUGCAGUACAUUGCGCAUCUUGCCCAAACCGUACCUGGUCAUCAAGGAGACGCUUGUACGCGAGUACGCCAGACGCGGUGGGAAGUUGCGUCGCCGUGAAGCACGCGAUCUCGUCAAGAUCGACGUGAACAAGACCAGUAGAGUCUGGGACUUCCUGAUGCAGGCUGGCGUCCUGCGCAUCGGUGACUCAUCUGCUGCCAACGCCAACACCAAUGCGCAGAUGAACGGCAACUUUCCGACUACGCCGGCGGCAACACCAGCACCGAGCACUCAAGCGCCGACGCCCUCCCCUUCCAAGCCGGCUGCACCAAAUUCAUCCCAACAUGCCCUUCCCCCUCCGCCGGCACCGCCUCAACUCGCGUCGGCACUUUCAUCGUCGUCCACGUCCUCGAUCCAGCAGCAGCCGUCGCAAUUCUCGAACGGCCCGGUCGCGGGGGCCAGGAUGUUCCCGGGCGGGGCGGGAGGGCCGGCGUGGGUGCCGCCCUCGCAAUAG